CUGUCUUGUUAUCGUAACUGCAUCCAAUUUAUCAAUUGUUCUGUAUGACCUUGGUGAAAGUUCAUCAGUUCGUGUUAUCACUUAUGAUGGUGGUUUUGGGCAAUCACUCUAUGUGUUUGAAGAUGGGACUAUAUACUGGGUCAUCUACAAUCCCUUCACUACCAGCUUUAUAAUUCUAUGCACAUCUAAAGAAGGAGUAACAAGAAAUCUAGGGAUCUGGUACAUUGGAGAAAUUUGUGUAGUGGUAGACCGAUUAUAUAUUUAUGUAUUGGAUAAAGACAACAACCGAAUUGAUAUUUAUUCCAGAAGAACAUUAAUGAAACUCUGGGAAUUACAUGUAAUACCUAAUGUCAAUGAGUUGAUCCUGGUAUUGGGUAAGUAAAUCACAGAAAUACAAUAAUAUAAUAAUAAAUAAUAAUAAUUUAUUAAUUUAUAAAGCGCUAAACACUAUAAAUAUUCUAAAGCGCUAUCAUUACAAAUUCAAAUAAAAUGUUAUAAAAUAUGAGAUGAUACCUAUAUAUACAUGUUUAAAAUUUACAAUUAUAUUUAAAGAUAAAAUGCCUUUUUAGAAAAGAAAGGUCUUAAGUCUGUUUUUAAAAGUUUCCACUGUUGAGGCCUCACGAAUGUCAGCAGGAAGUUCAUUCCACAAAAAAGGACCAGCCUUGGCAAAAGCUCUGUCGCCAAACGUUUUCCUCAUUGUCUUAGGAACUAUUAGCAAAUUUUGCUCAUUCGAGCGCAGGCUAUAGCAACAAAUAUGCUUAGGUGUCAGAAGGUCUGAAAUAUAAGGCGGUGCAUUAGCAUGAAGAGCCUUGUACACCAGCAACAAAAUCUUGAAACAUACCUAUACCAUACAAUACGAAUACCUUAUGAAUACCACCAAGUCACUUAUUGCGAGCGAAGAAAAUGCUUUGGUCGUUAAAUGAUGUAAUAAUGUCGUUUAAUAAUGUCAACUAAUCUACAGUGCGACAAAAUUAAUGUUUUAUGGACCAAACGUCUGUAUUUCCGAUACCUGUCCGCCAUACAUGAAAACCAUAAACCUUUUUGAAAAAUGCAUUUUCGAAUUUUAAUUUUAAAAUGCAGAUAUUGAUGAAUGUUGCUCCAAUAACACAUGUCACAUGAAUGCUACGUGUUCGGACACACCUGGAAGCUUCGUCUGUACUUGUAAUGAAGGCUUUGAGCCAAGUGGAGAUGAUUGCCUAGGUAAGUAUGUUAAAAUAAUAAUAUUAUUACUUGUCAAUUCGAACAGUUUAGAGAGAAACAAUCAUUCAGUAGUCAGAAUGUUCUCAAUGUUAUCUUAGUAUAUGCACACGUUAAAACAUUGAGUACUCAAAACGCCAUGUUUGUCGAAAUUGAAUUGAAAUUGUGGUUAGUUAGUACAAUCAUGCAGCAUAAUGGUUUUUAGUAAUAGGAAAAUUAAGUGAUCAACAUAUUUUUCCAGAACAAUCUGUCUAUAACGUAACUGAAUGCUUCCUGAUCUUUGCUUUGUAUGAGAAAUUUCUCAUCUGCGCGCGGUAUCAAAUAAUUUUUUUUAAGUUUUCUACGAACUUCUAAAACUUAUCACCUACUUUAUAUUUUUUCCCAUUUUAACCAACUUAAUUUAUUCGAUGCCGAAUUGUCAUUUGCACAAAGUGAUCCAAUUAUGAAAUUUUGAUUAAAUUUCAAGAAGGCUGAAGUAAACUAUCUGUAAACGAAUUUCUAAAGUCCAGAUUGUAAUCCUAGAUGGGGGAUGUUGUUGUUAUUAACACGUGUAAACGAAUUUCAAAAUCCAGUUAGUAAUCCUAAAUGGGGAUGUUAUUGAUAACUAACAUUCUACAUAUGUUUUGUGUUGAGUGAAACUAAAUACAAAUCCGCAACAUUUAGUAUAAUUCUUAUGAUCCCAUAUUCCCAUUAUCGUUGAAACUUUUGAAAUUCGCCUCGAUAUGGUCCACCAUCACGCUUGCUGAAGCCGACUGAUACCGCUAUUGAAUAAACUGCUUUCCGUAGCUCCAGAAAAAAGAUCUAGUGAGCUAUACUCUUUUACCGUUCAGUAAUAUCACUGGUGGGUCGUUAGAUCAAACGGUAAACUCGUUUCAUAAAUUAUUGUGUCAUCAGUGGGAUGUUGUUUGUUGUAGUAAUCGAACCCAUGUUACUGAGGUGUAACGAACAUGCACUAUUUCAGGUCUCAGAUUUUAAUUUUUUGUUUGCAUACUUUACUAGAUAUCAACGAAUGCGAUCGUGGUUCCUGUGAUCCAAAUGCAGACUGCGUAAACUCUCAGGGGUCAUUUUAUUGCACUUGUAUAUCUGGCUUUGUUGGAAAUGGACUUAACUGCACAGGUAAUGAAACAACAUGUGGCAUGAUGUUCUCUAGAAUUUUAAUAUCGAAGGACGAGCAUAUAGUAUGUACAUGUAAAUAUCAUAUUUUUUGGCACCUCAGUCGAUGCAUCUAAGUUCAAGGGUCUUGUAGAUGAUUUUUCCAUCAACAAACCUUUCAACUUAAGUUCAAUCCAGUGAGAUGUCAAAAAAAUCCUAACAUCUACCCAUAUACCUUUAGUAUAGCGAUAUUCACGAACUUGCGGUUAGAGAUCGACAAUUGGGCUCAGUUUGUUAUAUACCGUAGGGCUGCAGCGGCAUCACCCAGCCACAGGUUCGAUACUAUAUACAUGAAAUUUCCGUCUAGAGACCCUUAGCAAAACGUUAUUACAAAAUGGUGUUUCCUAUCCAUAUCACGUGUUUAAAAAAGUUUAAGAACCAAUUAAAUGACGAGAAUUUAAUGAUACACACUAUUUUAAAUAUACAUGAUUUAUACAGAGAUACAGAUAUUUCACAGCACACUCCCUAUAUCAGGGCUUUUCAGUGACUGGUUACAUUAUGAAUAGAUAGAUAGAACCGGACUGACGUGAAGCAGACCGAGGUAGACUUUGAGCUUACAAAUGGCGCUUGAGUAGCUGCCGCUAUUAGUCCAUACCUCAUUAAUAUUCUGCCUCCAGACCUAUGUGCCUAACCCACCCUGUCAACUUUCCCUGUGGGAGGAAACACGGAGUGCCCAGAGAAAACCCACGACUUUCGGUAGAGCGUUCACUUUUUACUUUUUUCACAUGAGGACUGGGUUUGAGUCACAUUGAGAAGUUCUCACUGAGAUUCGAACCGGCGACCUUAGAGGUGAAAGGCAAGUGCGCUAACCACUUGGUUAUAUAUCGUGUUUUUUUUUAGAAACCUGUGAAGAUGAAAUAUUAUUCUAUUCUACGUCAUCAGAGAUCAUCUCAAAUUCCUCAGUUAGCAUUCCUACUGCAGAUAAUAAUAUAUUAGGAUAUGACAAAUACAACCGAAGAUUGUUGUAUUAUGAUGAUACUGAGAACCUAUACAGUGUUGGUUUGAAUGGUUUGAAUUCGACAGUUCUAAUCAAUAAAGCAAAUAUUGCAGAGUUUGCAUAUGACGGUGAACGUGGUGUUCUAUACUACCUGAAUAGUAGAACAUUAAAAAUUAACUCAGUCAAUAUCAGCAGUGGAGAAGAUGCCCCAGUUCAAGCUUUGGAUUCUCUUUCUGGUAUAAGAGGCGUGGAGAUGGACACAAAAAAUCGGUAAUUGUCCACUAUUUGUAUAUUUAUUUGCUAUAUAGAUUUGAAGCGCCGUAAUACGGACCCACAAAAUUAAAUCGUAGCCAAGCGUAGCGUGUUUCUUUGUUUCCUGAGAACCAGAGUGGAACACUACGCUAAUAACUUCGACAGAAAAGAAAAUGCUACGAUACGUUACGUUACAUUACUAUACGGUCGAAGUGGAGAACUGGCCUUAGAGAUGUGUCCGGUUUAUAGAGGACACUUCAUGAUCACUUGACCGUUUUCAGUAUUCAAUAAAGAAAGUAGAAACAGGCUAUACGCUUUAAUCCAUAGAUUGGGUUUUUAUGCUAUCACAAAUGCGAUUCUGGAUUGUAUAUGUCAAUUACAUAAUACAGUGUAGUAAUCCUUUUUAUGGAAAAGAAACACUCAGGAUAACAGUAGAUAGGAUUCUCCAACGAAGAGCCUUCGCUUAAAACGAUGAAGUUCUGCUUCAAUCUAUUUUUUAAGUACUUGCAUCUUUCUCAAUUCGCAGCUUUAGAAACAACCAGUAUUUUAUCGAACUGCAAACAGAAAAUUGUACAAAAUACAUAGUACACAUGCAAUUAUUACGCCCAUUAUCACCACACCAGGUUUAUUAAUGACAAGGUUAUGUUUUUUAGCGUAUUUUCCUGCAUGAAGCUGAGAUUAUUUGUCAUUUAGACCAUACUGUACGUGAGGAAAGUGCUUGAAUUUGAAAAUGUUGUCUGCACAUACGAAACGUUCUACAUACUGUAUUAACGAAUGCUUUAGAGAAGUUUCUUGGCACAUUGGCUUUAUUCCUUUAUUUUGAAAUAUUUAUAGAUACCUAGUGAUUGCAAAAUCAUCCGAACCUCCUAUUGUUAGACUUGAUAUUACAUCAUUUGAGACGCAAAGAAUAAAUUUUGAUGGUUCCGCUCAAGCAUUGUCUUUUGAUCAAGAUAAUGAGGUCGUGUACUGGGUCAAUUUCGUCGUUUCUACAGAAAAAUACAAUCUGACAAGAUCAUCUUACACUGGUCAAACAGUGGCUCUUAAUAUCAGUUAUGAUGGAGAAAUUGAUCUGGCGCAAGACUACAUGCAUCUGUACGUGUUGGACAAAGAAAAUAAUAGAAUUGACAAAUAUAACAAACGGACAUGGGUAAAAAUAAAUGUUUUCAAUAUCAAUGAUGGACCACAAAGAUUAAUCGUAGCAUUUGGUGAGUAGCUAGCUGCCGUUCCAAUUAGUGCACGAAAAUAUUUGAAUACUAAUGGAUUAAGGUUGCCCUGUGUCUCGCCUACAUUGGCAAUUGUGGGCCUGUUGAUCAACACACUGAUGAACAACGAGCACUUCAAGCUACCUGCGCAUCACCACUUUAAAUACACAAAAUGCGCCAGCAACAAUAUAGCUUUUUUCAACCAUUAUCCGUCUCCAUUAAAUAUAACAAUAAGCUAAGGACCAAGAAGCUUUACAAAUUUUCUGACCAUGCAGGUACAUUAACUGUGGUAUUGCGAAGGUUUUCAUUCUUUUCUUGUCUUUUCAGAUUACGAUGAAUGUUGUGUGGGAACAUACUGCCCAGAAAUGCUGUCCACGUGUUCAAACACGCCUAGUAGCUUUGAAUGCAUGUGCAUCGAAGGAUAUUUUCGUAAUGGAACCAUCUGUCAAGGUAAACACUUAAAAACACAGCACAGUAGAGUUCCUAAAGUUCAUUAACUAUAGACAGCAUUCUGCAGAGACACUCAAAUCCUCUGCCAAUAAAAGUAGCAGCCUGAAAUAGGACAACGACAAGGAUGCAUUGUGAAACUGAUAUCCUUCACCAAUGAUAGCGAUAAAUGUCUCAUUUAAUGUUCAUCUAAAUUCAUCAAAAUGUGGUGAAUUUAUCCUUAGCGCGUGGCCAUUACCUCCACACAUUUUGUUUUCUAAACCGUUUUGAGUUGUGCCGCUGGCAGAGAAUCAAGAACAACAAACAACAAACAACAACCUCCUAACGAAAUGAUUAGAAUUUCUUCUUACAUUGUUGCAGUAAACCUUCUCGAAUGUUAUCCCAGCUUACUACUUGUUCGGCUAAUCGCUUUUUAUACUUAAUAUUUACAAUUAUGAAAAUUGUGAACUGUUACGAUUUCUAGUCCAUGUUGUGAGGCAGAGCCUUGAAUAGACUGAUUAUAACUGCUAUAGAGUUGUAAAAUAAGAGUUCAAUUUAAAACAUCUACUUUUGUUUGUAUAUAAAUUAUGUAAGAGAAAAAAAUCCAAAUCGGUGUUGUAAAUAACUAUUAUCAAAAUUUACUUUUUGUUUUGUUUUAGAUAUCAUUGACUGUGAUGACGAGUCUCCGUGUCACGUGAAUGCCACAUGUAAUGAUAUUCCUGGAUCAUAUGAAUGCAACUGUCCAGAUGGUCUCACUGGCAAUGGCACAUAUUGUGAAGGUAUUGACGGUAUAUUUAUAAAUAUAACUUCUUCAAAUCACAUUUAAAUUGGGUGUGAAGUUUUAUCCUUCCGUACACCAUUAUGUCUGCAAUGCUAUUAUUACCGUUUUUUUUAAACUAAACUAACUUAGUUUAUACUACAGGUAGUUCUCCAUAAAUAAACUGAUUUAUAAAAGUGGUUUGAAAUGAGCAGCCCAUGAAACGGUUUCUUGAGAUUUCCUUAUUGUAAGUUCUCGGUUUUCUCAUUUAUUCAAGAAACUAUCAUAUAAAUAUUGCAACCUUUGUGAUGAAUGUUUUGUUCUGGCAGAAAUAUCCGAAUAAUUAUAGUAACCCUCGUGCAUAACCCUUUGUAUAUUUGCCUGUUCGUAGAAGCAGACUUAUGGCACCGCGAUAGUGUAAAUUUCACAGUAAAAUUUUUAUGGGUGUUUUUUGAUGUUCUAAGACAUUAAUGAAUGUAUGGUUGGAGGUUUCUGUCAUGACAAUGCGACAUGUGACAAUACUUAUGGAUCAUACAGUUGUGAAUGUUACGGAGGUUUCACUGGAGAUGGAAAGAACUGUACAGGUAUUUAG